CAUUAUAGCUUUGAUUUAGUGUACAGUUCUGACCUAUGCCUGAACUCUAGUUCAAAUGCCGGCUGGAUGAGAUGGAGAAAUAUUUGGUAGUUUGCAGCUAUGCGAUUGCAAUUCUGGAUCUAUUGUCCGCAGUGCUUUUCGCCAGUGUCUCUGGAAUGCUAUAUGCACAGCACCAUCACUGGACGUCGCUGGCAGCGCUUGCUUUUGCCAUCAUUUGGAUUUGCCUCAUUAUUGUGCUGUUGCUGGGUAUUUAUCGGCGCCAGUUGAAUUUCGUGCGCUACUGGUUGGUUUUCACCUGCUUGGGCAUUAUGCUGGAUGCCUUUCUCUUACUUUACGGAUUGACACUGGCGGUGUGCAUGAACUGGGAGGGCGUUAAGUUGACCGUUAUGCCAUUCGCUGGGUUGGCUGUAGAAAUGACUUUCGUGUUCAUUAUAUACGUAUUCUACCUGGAUAUUAUUGAGAGUGAGCAGUGGAUACCACUGAGAUACACCAGAUUUAAAGCCGGCUGUAGCUUAAAGCACAGCAAAUACACCUCUAGUAGUGCUGGAAUACUGCGAAGGGAGCGCAAGCGUCUAAGGAAAAUGUACACGAGAGACGAGAAAGCUGCCUUUAAGGAGCCACACCGUAAGCUGCGUAGAGGGCAGCCUUAAUUACCACAGCACACCUAUAAUUUAUGCCUUUCUGUCAAGUCGGGAAAAAUGGAAAGUAGGCCAAGCGUUUCUGCUGCUCAACGUU